ACAAAAUUCAAAAGUUUAAACGUCGAAUACUUGAAAAUUCUAAACUUUAAACAUUGCAAUAGUGCAAAAUUCAGUAACUUGGAGAUUCAGACAGUUACCUUCGUAAUACUCGAGAUUUCAAAAAUAUAAUAAUCAAAAAAAUGCAAGAGUUCGUAAAAUUUGCAAAUUUAAAAAAUUCUAAAUUCUAAAAAUUUGUUAGAAUUAAAUUAACGCCAUCGAAAUUAAGGAAAUUAACGAAAUCGUGGUAAUCGUAAAUAGAAGUUGAAUUAUUGCACGCGAUAUCGCGUCAGAGUCGUCGAAGAAAAAAAAAGAAUACUUGUAAGGUAAAAAAUCAUCGUUUUCGGAGUUUCACGAAGGAACGAAAGUACAUCCCUGGAACGACCGAAUGCUUUUUUCCUACGUGUAUUUUCUUCGUAACUCGAAGCGGCCCCCAUGGCCAAGUUUUCCUUUCCUUUUUGCAUGGUGAACCUCGAUCGCUUUCUACGCGACACGAUUGUUUCCUUUCUUUUCUUUUUUUACGCUGUUUGGUGAGAGCGCGAUUGACGUUGCACCAUGAACUAACAUAUAGAUUAUUAUUAUUAUUCCUAUUAUUAUUAUUAUUAUUAUUAUUAUUAUUAUUAUUAUUACUUCUAUUAUCAUCAUUAUCAUUACUACUACUACUACUACUACUACUACUACUACUACUAUUACUACUGCUAUUACUACUACUACUACUAUCAUCAUUAUUAUUAUCUUUAUUAUUAUAAUGUUCUCGUGUAGCGGAUCUAUUCAUUGAAAUCUUCUCCAAUGAAUACGUAUACUUAUACACACGCAGUUACUAAGACACAGUGGUAUAAUCGGCGUUAACUGGUCGAAAUUCAUUUCUUUUUCACCAUUCAACGCGAUCGUAACGAUCAGACUGACGAUAAUAUUCCUGUUUAAACGACUAUUUACGCUCGGUUUCGCGGUAUCUUUGAACAUCUGGUAACUAUUUCCGGUUUGUCUGGUGAUAUGGAUCGUUUCUGGUGGUCUAGUUCGUUUUUGGUUGACCUGGUGUUUUUAGAAAGGCGAAGUCGAGCGUCAAAGUGCCUAAACUCGCGUUGGUGGCGAAUAGAAUGCGAUCCACGGCUCGGUCUUGACGAUCGAUCUCUCGUUUUUUAUGUAAAUACACAGAAGAGUCGGUUGGGAUAAUAAUAAACCAUUACCAGAUACACGUAUUUUUUUCAUCUUUCACGUCUUCUUUUCCAAUGGAUCUUCCUAACGAAAUUUCUUUCAAAGACAGAAAGAUAAUUGACCGCCGAAAAAUAAUCAGAUCGCCGAUAUCGAUAUUUCGAUAGUUGGUGAUGAUUUGGAAGAAGCUUAAUUUUGAAUUGCGCGCAAUUCGAGUCACUAAAGAUGCGUACAGUGCACGAUUUCAAACGAAAAAUCUGUAGUAGGUUACGAAGAGAGUAUUUAUCGACGUUGCCGACCCAUUGUAUAGUAACGAUCGAUAGUAAGUCGUAGGAAAUGGAAGAGGGCGUACGAAACAGUGUGAUUUUCCAGCAGGUCGGUAUUUCACAAUCUGAGACGCAAAGUUCCGUUCAACGUCAUCUCUAUUCUGUUCUUGGUUAAUGGAAAGAGAAGGGUAUAAAAUUUCCUACACCGGAUAAAGAUUUUAACGAGCAAGCCAGACGUCGAUAAGAUAGAUAGCUGUAGACAAAUAUCAAGUAGCCCUCCGAAGGAAAAUUAGUUGCCUGACUCGAUAGAACCAUGUACGUGAUAUAUAUAUUGUACAGAUUAUUUUGAUACAACGCUACAGAAAUACAUGUAUCGAUAUUUUAUUUGAAUUUAAUAUCAAACCAAAAAAUUAAAAAUAAAAAGAUUUCGUAAAUGUACGGUUCUAGUAAUUCCAGUUACUUCGAGUUCAAGAGUACAUAUAUGGUAUGAAUUAAUCGAGAUAGAAAUUCUUUAUAAUCGAUCUAUACGAGCAAGAUUACGAAGAAGCAGAAUUUGUUAUUUUAACUUCAAUUUAAUCGUUUAAUCGUUGGUUCGAUCAUCCUACUAAUUUACUGUCUAAUUUUUCUUUACAAAGAAGCAAUUUUGUAGAAUAUUUUGGACUUGUGACUUAGUGGGUGGACCUCUCACGACGCUUCGUCUCGAAACGAAAUUUCGCCGAUGGCAUAGGUAGGAUAAAUUUGGAACAACCAUCUCGAACGAAACACGCCUGUGUUUUACGUUAGUUCCGCAGUUAGUUUCGCUUCUCCAACGCCGCGAUAAAGAACUCGAUAUACCGCGAUGUUUAACAGGUGUAUCUCGAUAAAAACGAAGUAAAAUUAUCGUUUGUCGAACGACGUUUCGCGCGAAUAAUAAUUUCUCUAUGAAGUUCGCUUAGACGAAUUAUUAUUAUCUUGGUAAAAUAUUAUAGGUGUUCCAAGUGUAAAAUACUAAGAUACGAAAUUUAAAUGUAGCGAGCGUUUUAAGCAUAAAUUGUUUAAAUAUAAAGAAUGGAAAAUUAUAAGAACGUGCAUAUAGUUGAACGAAUGAAAAUGUUUGAUACGUGUACGUAGGUUCAGGGGAAUAGAACCGUUGAAAUAUCGGAAUUACGAUAGAAACGAAGUAUUAAAAUCACGAUAAACCAUAAUUUUUGUAUUCCUUUGUGGUUCCGUGUCUUCGUAGACGCACGAACGAUUUAUGAUGCGAUUUAAAAGAAGUUUAAAAUCAACGCUUCCUAUGCAAACUAUAAUUCUAUAUUUCCAUAACAAAUAACGCUGUGGUGUUCUUCGAAGUUAAUGGCGUUCGAUGUAAAAUGUGAUUUUCUAUCUCUAUACAUCUAUACAGACGAUGCAAUUGAAUUUUCGAAAAUUUAUGCUUUCAGUAUGAAAUGUAAUUUUUCACCUCUAUCAACGGACAAUGUAAUGGGAUUUUUUAAAACCGAUGCUUUCACUAUAAAAUAUAAUUUCCAGCCUUUUUCUCAAAAUCUUAUCUUCAUAUAGACGUAUCGUACCGAUAGAUCGAGCCAUAAUUUUCUAUCUGUAAAUAAUAACGAUAACUCGAACAAUACUGUUAUCUUUGGUUUAAGUUAAUUUUUAUCUUUUCGAUUCAUAUUACAUUUAAUCUAAUAUAAUUUAAGACAUUUAGUUCGGUCGACGCGGUAUUUUUGAUAACGGUAAGAUACGAUAUAAGAAAGAUUGCAUAGGCCCCUAGAUUGCUUUCCUACCAAUCUAACGGAACUCGAACCACAGGAAGAUAAAUCAAACGCACGUUGCGAAGGAGGAAAUCAAUUUUUAUGCUCUACCAUCGUCCUUCUUUUAGAUUGAUAUCGGUAAUACGCUUUCCUUGCCAUCUCUCUUCUUACACCAUACAAAAUAGACCAUUAAUUAAUACGCUCGUAGAUAUAUUCAUCGAUUUGUUUCUUAUAUCUGAUAAUCCAUUAAUUUCCAUUUAUCGUAAUUCUCGAUCGAUUCGAUAACUCUAAAUUGUCCCGUAAUUUUAGAUUUUUAUAACGUACGUACAUCGUACGUCGCUCGAUAAUUUUCUAAUUUUUAAAUACUCGAGACGCCCGUUUCAGCUUUCUUCGAACGCAACCUUACAUCUUAUUCCAAAGAUAUUAAUUCUACGAUUCGCGACAUGGUUCGCUAUCCAAAAUGUACAUACUCGUGUCUCUCGGUGGUCAGCAAUUCCUAACAGCUAUGCGUUUACUUUAGUUGUUAAAAUAAUCGCCGUGUAUUGUACAUACACUAGCCCUGAAACGUAUCCGGCAAACUUGCCCGUCUUCUACAGCAUGUAAUUUAAUUAGAAGGUCGCUAGCAUACAGAAGAAUUUGUUACGAUUUUAUUCCGUAUUGUCGUCGCAGCGUGUGCGUUUACGCAUUGAAAAUUACCACGCGAUCAAAUUCGCGUUUAGAAACUAAUGUACGUAAUAAGAUUCUCAAACUUUGUGGAAUCGAUUUGCUGUCUGACAAAUGCUGUCCGAAGAAUAUUAAAUAAAAGAACAUUUUUUCAAAGAAAUCGAUCAAUAGCGAAUCGAAAUCGAUUCGAUUAAUUUUCGUAUCUAAAAUCUCGAACGAUCGCAAAACGUACGUAAAAUUCAUCGAAAACGGUACUAUGUCAAAUUUGCAGCGAUUAUAUCGAUUUUCAAAAUUCUAUUUCAAAUUUACCUAAAACAGUGACGAAUGAUUUAGUACGCUGUCUGUAAAUACUUGAAUGUUCGAUUUAAAAAGCGUUUUAAACGCUCGAUCCAGCUCUAGAUCAUCGAACAUCCACGAGCGAACUGCGAAUAUUGCGAAACAUUUUCGAAAAACGCUGUACCUUUUGUUUCUGAAAAAAGGAUGUAAGAACGUUGGUUGAUAAAGCGACUGGAUAUCGUGGAAAUUCAAUGGUGUGAGAGGAAUAUCAAGAGACGUAUAGGAGAAAAGAGAGAAAUUCGAAGAAAGAUGAAGAAACGCGGUGAAAGCGCGUAAAGGAAGAGAACGUGCUCCGAAGCGGAAAGCACGAUGCCGCGUUCGCGACCGGAAGCGUUCGAGCUGAUGGUCGAGGCCGAGAAGCCCUCCAAGUGCAUCAGGUUUCUACGUUUCCUGUGGAAGUUCUUCAGAUGCGUUUUUUCCCACGUGUCGUUGGUUUCGUUGGUCGUGCUCUACUGUCUGAUCGGCGCGUACGCGUUCGAGGCCCUCGAGGCCACCCACGAGAAAGAGAUCAAGAAGAGCAUUAAAGACAUCAGAGGGAACGUAGCAGAGCAGCUAUGGAAGAUCACGAAGGAGGUAGAGGUUCUGAUUCGUGAAAAUUGGACGGACAAAGCGUUACGUGAAUUAAAGAGCUUCGAGAACAACCUCGUGUGCAUGAUGGAGAAGGAGGGUUGGGAUGGCAGCGAGGGCGAGGAUGACAUCCAAUGGACCUUUGCUGGCGCUCUCUUUUACUCCAUCGUCGUCAUUACUACCAUUGGGUACGGUCACAUCGCACCGAAGACUAAGAACGGGAAAGUGGUCACCAUAUUCUAUGCUAUCGUUGGGAUUCCCCUCAUGUUGCUUUGCCUCUCCAACAUUGGCGAUAUUAUGGCUUCGAGUUUCAGAUUUUUAUACUGGAGAGUUUGCUGUUACAUAUGUACGAAACCACCAAGAAAAAGGCGACCAAGAAGCCACUUCGUCAGAUCAUAUUCCAUGAAACAACCAGGGCGAUAUGGUGGAAGCAGGGGUGGCUUUGGAAGAUCCAUUAGGGUGAGCCAGAGAUCUGCAGACUCAGCUCUGGGUUUGUCCGAAACCUUGACCAGAUCAUCGUACUUUGACGUAGAUAAUAAGUACAAUGUACGUCGAUACGAAGAUUCGGAACUCAAGAGACCGAGCUCUCUUUAUCCAUCUUCGGCAAAUCCAAAUUUUGGAUUUAAAUCCGCGACAGUGUCCAGAUAUUCGGAUUUACCGAUGGUAAAAUCAAGCAGAGCUAGCCCCAAGAUGACGACGCAAUCGUUAGACAGAAGGUUGCUAAUGCGUUCGCCGAAUGACACUGAUCGUUCUCCGGUUUUGUGCAACCAAUAUGCAUUGGAUGAUUUGGAGGAUGAAUUACGACGCUGGCACUCUUCCGCUGAAAACAAAACUGACUUAGGCAAUACAAGCAAAUCUCGGGUGGAACCAGAAGCGGCAGAAACCCUGGAAAAUGUGGAGAAACAAGCGCCAUUAGUGACGAGGUCGUUGCCCAGAAGAUGCUUAUCCAUGGAAGGUGCGACUAGCAACUACAGGACGAACCUAGCACAGCCUUUACGGCCGUCGCCCACUUACUUGGAACUAGAGAACUCCAGAAGGUCCCAGUUUUCAAGAAGUAGACGUUAUAAAACUAAUUAUCCCACUGCUCGCUCUUAUAGAAGAGACACAUUGCCAUCGGAUAUAAUGUCCUCAGCUGGAUUUUCUGCGCACAGACAAGUAUACAUAGACGAUUUUGACUCAGAUUAUGAGUACCACGUAAACGACGAUCAGGAAAGGCAGCCAAUAAAGCCGGUACCAAUAUGGUUAUGCGUCUUCCUGGUAGUUAGUUACAUUUUUGGUGGCGCUUUCUUAUUUAGCGCUUGGGAACAUUGGCCAUUCCUCGAUUCUGCAUAUUUUUGCUUUAUUACUCUCACUACCAUAGGAUUCGGUGACUUCGUUCCAGCGUACAAGCUGGAUGCGCACAAAGGGAUCGCGGUUUGCUCGUUGUACUUGUUAUUUGGAAUUGCUUUGCUGGCGAUGAGCUUUAAUCUGGUGCAAGAGGAGGUCAUCAACAACGUGAAGAACGUCGCGAAGAGGCUCGGGAUCAUCAAAGAGAGUGACGACGAGGAAGAUGCCGACGACUACGACGCGUACGACGUCGAAUACAACGACGAGGUUGACAACGAGCUCGAGGGCUACGUUCUCGAUACUCCUCGAUGUCACUCGAUGACUAGGAACGUUCGCGGAAUUUCCGUCGCCUAGCCAACUUCCGACAUCCGAAUCUUCAUUCAUUCGCCAAAUAU